UCGGUCGGACGCGCGUGCACGGAAACACCUUCGAAAGAGGACCUCUCCGACUUUGUAGUACUCAUCUACCUCGCAGUAAAACAGGGAUACACAAAUUACACCUGAACCCCGGAAUUCAGUUACCCGAACGUUUGUAUGUUUCGUAACCAGUAAAUCGUGAAUCGGUGCCGAUACAGUGGACAUAUUCAGUGGAGACAUCAGCAAACGUCGGGUCUACCAAAGGCGCGCAGUGAAGACUCCGAUUUCCGGUUCCGCAGAGUUUCGACCUGGGAAGUCCUCGCUAUGGAACUGCAGGAAAUGUUUCGUUACGGAUACAUGUUUCCGCCCAGGGAAGAGGAAGUCGUAUCCUGCACGUACUUGGACCUGCCAAAUUACCCUUAUUCGAAGAGCAAAGCUAAUCUGCCACCAGUAAGCACCUUCACGGUACCCCAGUGCAUUGUCUAUGACAGCAACUGCAGCGACGGAUGGCACACGCCGAGUCCAACCGCAAGUUUACGAUCAGUUAGUCCUGCUACCACUUUGUCUAUAUCGUCCGAGCCCGAUACUAUAAGCAUAAGUACCCCAGUAACUUAUCGGAUCCUAGGUUCUGUGGAUGAGUUAAACAAAAGGUACGUUACGAAAAGGAUAGAGUCACAGCCAGCGCAGCACGGUGUUAGCGCCAUAGAUCUAGCGGAGGAAGUGAAUAGCAUGGACGCGGACACCGAUGGGACUAACGACGCAGAAGGCGACGGAGACCACGAGAAGACGCAGUCGCGCCGGGACAGUGUGAUCAGCAAUUCCAGCAGCAUUUCGGACAGAAUUGCGGACGGUGACAGCGAAGACGACGUUGAGAUGAGCGACGGUCCUGAUCACAUACGAGCCGAUACCGUUGAGAUCGAUGGCAACCGAGAGGUCGUCAGAAGAAGAGGCAAAUACGUUAGCUCGACAAUUGUUAGGAAACGUAGAUUAGCCGCAAAUGCCAGGGAACGAAGAAGAAUGCAGAAUCUAAAUAAGGCGUUCGAUAGAUUGAGAGCUUAUCUUCCGUCUCUGGGCAACGACAGGCAACUAUCGAAAUACGAGACGCUUCAGAUGGCACAAUCUUACAUUACGGCUCUGUACGAUUUGCUACAAUGAGAACUGUGGAACAUUUUCUUAGGCAAUUUGAGCGAAUGCGCGCGUUAUAGUUUGGCGAAGAUAGGAAAUUUACAAUUUGUUAAGCCGUGCGAACCAGUUAAAUGUAUUUUUCAAAGGAGUAAACGAUUGAAUAGCUGCGAUUUAAUGUAACGAGAUGUAACAAGUUAUCGUUAAAUUUAGGAGGAAUGUGAUCUAUAAUGUAAGAUUGUUCAAUGGAAUCAUGUGAGGCGUGU